AUGGAGAAUCCAGGUCAGGAGUCAUCUGACCAGGUUAAUGUUGAUCCUGCUCCCUCUCCCCACUUUGUUGCUGAGCCCUUGAAUAUGGUGGUGCCUGAGACAAAUCCUGAUAGUGAAGAAGACGCAAAUGAUUGGUUACAGCAAAAAGAGGCUCUAGAGUUUGCCCUCAAGAAGAAUAAAAGAAGGAGAAGGUUGGUCAAAGAUGGAAAAGUGGUACAAGCAGAGGAGGUUCCUGUAGUGAAUGUGGAUGAGGAAACCAAAGAGGAACCUAGUUCCCUAUCGCGAAAGUCUUCAAGGAAGAAGCACUCUCUUUCCGAAAAGCACACCUCUAAGGGUGCUGAGAGUUCUUCCAAGAGUCACAAGACAGUGAGGGAGUCUGGUGACAAGUCUGAUGAGGAAGAAGUGGAGAAAUCUAGUGAACAUAGACAGAACAAGUCAGUGGAAAAGCACAAGUGUUCCUACCGAAGGAGUGUCAUCUGCUCGGGUUCUUGUACACCAAACUUCAGAAAUGCCAUUGUCAAGGACAAGGCAGCACAGCAUGGGGAACAGGUGCAUAAGAAGACACUCCUUCCAGUUUAUCAGCUGCUCUUUGAGAUGGUCAACAAAGUAUUGCUUCCCUGCGCUGAAAGAAGGUUCGUUGCAUCCAAAGCUGACCUAUUCCUUAUGGAAACUUUGGACAAUUUCUCCUCCAUCAAUUUGCCUGCCGUAAUGAUUGAGCAUUUGCAGAAGGUAGAGAACCUCAAAAACAGGAAUCCUGGUAUGCCCUAUAGGUUCCUUCUCACAAAGUGUGAAUGUGUUGACAAAGUCGGAGGAAUUGGAAGCACUUCCACAAUCUCUCAACUGAUAAAUGCUCAGAAUAGUGCCACAGAGGAGAUCCGAAAGUUAAAGGCUAGGAAUACGAUUCUUGAGAAUCAGCUCAGUCAGUUGCAAGAGGUACCUGGUUCCAGUGGUUCUCACAGCGCAGAGGUCGCACGUCUAACAAAGGAGAAUGCCGAACUAAGGAAACAGGUGGAGGACCUGAAAGAAAGACUACUCAAUGAGCAACUAUCCGCGAACGCUCGCAUGGAUCUUGUCCUCCAAACUCUUGCUUCCUCUUCCAAGCCCCCUUCCUCUAGUGUCCCUUAA